AUGCCCAUUUUGGAGGUGGGGGCUUUUGUAGAGGAUGGAGGAGCCUUAGGUAUCCUGAGGUUUCGAAUGAUUGUGCUGUUGGUGGUUGCUGUCCAGUGGGUGACAGGCGUUGGCCAUGACAGACACCUGUCUGUCACGGUCAAUGCGCCAGGAGGUCUGGUGAUAUCUACUGUUGAUGACGCUCAGGGACAGAUCAACUUUGAGGCGAAGGAAACAGGUUUCUAUCAAAUGUGCUUCAGCAACUUCCACAACCGCUUUGGUAUCAUGCAGGUGUUCCUCAGCUUUGGUGUUUACUACGGCAACCAACAGAACCCUUCUAAGAUCAAAGAAGAGGAAAAGAACAAAAAAGAGGAAAUACGCAAAGACCUGAACAACACUCUGUCCAUUAUAGCGGAUGCGACUUACAUAUUGGAGAACCGGGUCUUUCACAUGUUCCGCUACUACAGCUUUGGCCGUAUGCGUAAGAGCGUUGACUACUUCCUGCUGCUGUCCAACUCCCAGUACAUCACCUGGUGGUCCACUGCCCUCAGCCUCCUCAUCGUCACCUCAGGCUACCUGCAGCUCCUCUUCCUCAAACGGCUCUUUGUCACAAAGACGACCACUGAGGAAGAGAAGCCACGCUGCUGACAGACAGGACCCCAGUGAUGUCCGACCACAGGGAGCUGGGGCAUUAUGGGUGGGAGGGUGACAUCAUCAGGACCACAUUGAGAUCCAAUGGGCUUCGAUCCAGCUAGUACUUGUUUCAUUGUGCUCUUAAACAUUGCAGAUCAACAGUGCUGGUAUUUUGAAUAGAAAGAUAAAGGAAUGUUAAAUCUUAGCAGCUUAUAGAUAUUUACAUUAGCUGUGGAUUUUAACAAAUUUUUAAUAAAACUUCUAACCCACUAUUCGUCCCUUUAAAAAAAAAAUUGUACUAUUUUAGGCUAGAAAAUGCUUUUAAUCACAAAAAUAAUCAAAAUAUUGAAAUUUAAAAAAAAUUCUUAUAUACCACAAAAUCCCGCAAUACAAGAAUACAUUUAUAUUAUUAAAUCUACACUGUAUUGAUCGACUGAGUGCGUGACAGCCAAACUGCGAUACAACGAGGUUACACAAAAUCAGUUACAGAAAUGAAUACCACAUAAUGAGAACCGUUACUGAAAAAUCUUAAUUAAGGAACCAAGACAGCCCAGUCGCCUUAUGUUGAUACUCGUUCUAUAAAUUCAGUGCGAUUUCUAAAUAAAUCUGUAUCCUUUCGCAAGUAAUAAUAUAAAAAAUAUUUACAAUCGAGAUUUAUUUACUUUUACGUACUUUGUCCUCACAACAAAAGCUCCACACCCUUUGAAGGGGGACCCGCCCACGACUCUGCGUGUGUGGGGAUAAUUGAUGGUUUAUUUUAACACGGUUCUUCACCUUCUUUGUAAUAUUGUUCAAUCUCCUGAAGGGUUUAUCUUUUAUCUUUGACAUAUGUAUUAAAAAUAGUUUUACAUCUUACAUUUUGAGAACAAUCAUUCACAUCAGAAUGACUAACUAGCUUAUGUCACCAGUUGUCAUGACGACUCUCCCACAGGGAAGUACCACAGACACAGGUGAAUAAAAUCACUGCCACACUUUCUCUUUAGACUGCGCAGCACGAGGACGACUAUUCUGAUUCAUCUUAAGGCGACUGCUGUCGUUGGCUUGUCAUGGACAAUAUUGCAAACAUCUUGGGCUUAUGCCGCGGCAUCUCCUGGAUGGCUCCUGAGGCAAAGCACUACAGAGCGAAAUGCCGUGGCCUGGCAGGCAGAGUCCAGGACCUGGAAAAACUAGUCGAGGCCAUUAGUUCCAAAGGGCAGGUCUCCCAAGACGUGGACAGAGCCCUGAGAAAACUAUUCGUCGCUCUGACUGCGGGUCAUGAAUUGGUCAAGAAAUGUGCCAAAAACCUGCUCUUGAACCCACUGAAGUGCGUAUUGGAGUUCAACAGCGUGAAUGACGACCUGAGGGACACCUACCAUGUCCUGUCCACUGGAGCGCUGCAUGUUAAACAAGGGAACAGGAACUACAGGAAGACCCCACAGUAUGUAUCAGAUGAUGACAGAGAUGACCACAGGCCCGUGCUCUACGACUCUCGUCCCCAAAACCGUUAUUCUGCUGCUGCAGCCCCUCAACAAAGUGCAAUGGUUUAUGCUGCUGAAAUAGGGAUGGAAGAUGACGCUGCAUAUUUUGCUGAGACUUUCUUUAUUGUUCAGUGAAUUUGGCCAGGUACUUCAACAUGUUACACUGUCAUUUAACUUCCAAGUCCCACAUAUGUUGUGAGUUCUAAAUUAGAUAUGGAAAUACUAGUUUGUAUACUUAAAAAAAUAAUGAUUGGUACUCUGUCUGUAAAGAUAUGAGAGGUGAAACAUCUACGAAAAUCAAAGACAGUCAAGUAGCUUCAGAUAAAUAAUAAACUUUACAUUUUUUAAAUGCUGGAAAGUCAUUAACUGCUGCUGUGAUGUAUCUUUUUCCAAAUCAUUUUAGAUCAGAACACAGGAAGAUCAGAUGGAAUCACUUCAUUUCUUUCCCUUUUCUGUCUCUUUUGCAGGAGCAACAAAAUAAAUCUUUAUUAACAAAGA